AUGAAACAUUCAUAUUUUGGUUCAAUGAAAUUCUCUCAAGCUCCAUCUCUUCUUCUUCUUCUUCUUGUCAUUCUCCUCUUUUAUCAACAUCACUCUUCUCCAAACCUAAACUCCAAAACUCUCUCCAGUUUUGCCUAUGCUAUAUCUCUCGCACCUUCUCCUUCACCGUCUCUAUCCAUGAGGUUUAGCAUUCCUUCAUCAAACUUCACAUUAAUUUCGAGUGCUGAUCACAAGAAAGAAAAGAAGAGGAAUAGAAUAGAGGAAGGUUUAGCGAAAUCAAGAGCGGCCAUACGUGAAGCCGUGAGGUCAAAGAAGUAUGCAUCGGAGAAGGAAGAAACUUUUGUUCCUCGUGGAGCUGUUUACAGAAACGCUUAUGCAUUUCAUCAAAGCCAUAUAGAGAUGGAGAAGAAAUUCAAAGUGUGGGUGUACAGAGAAGGAGAGCCACCGUUAGUUCACAUGGGUCCAGUGAAAGGCAUAUACAGCAUCGAAGGCCAAUUCGUGGACGAGAUGGAGAGAGAGAUGAGCCCAUUCGCGGCUAGCCACCCGGAAGAAGCUCACGUCUUCCUCCUCCCGGUCAGCAUUACCAACAUCGUUCAUUACGUCUACCGGCCACUCGUGACCUACUCGAGAAAACAACUUCACCAAGUGUUUCUUGACUACGUCAAUGUCGUGGCUCACAAGUAUCCUUAUUGGAAUUCAAGCCUUGGAGCCGACCAUUUCUUCGUUUCUUGCCAUGAUUGGGCACCAGACGUCUCGGAAGCGAAUCCGGAGAUGUUGAAAAACAUGAUAAGAGUUCUCUGCAACGCCAACAUAUCAGAAGGUUUCUUGCCCCAAAGAGAUGUCUCAAUCCCGGAGAUCAAUAUCCCUGGGGGCCACCUAGGCCCACCUCGAUUAUCCCGGUCUUCCGGCCAUGACCGGCCCAUCCUUGCUUUCUUCGCAGGCGGCUCACACGGCCCUAUCCGCAAGGUUCUACUGACGCAUUGGAAAGACAAAGACGAAGAGGUCCAAGUCCACGAGUACUUAGCCCACAAGAAAGACUACUUCAAGCUCAUGGCCAAGGCAAAGUUCUGUCUCUGUCCUAGUGGCUACGAAGUAGCUAGCCCUCGAGUCGUUUCAGCCAUUAACUUAGGCUGUGUCCCUGUCAUCAUCUCUGAUCACUACGCCUUGCCCUUCUCAGACGUUCUUGAUUGGAGCAAGUUCACCAUUCAUGUUCCCUCUGACAAGAUCCCGGAAAUCAAAACUAUACUAAAGAGCGUGUCAUGGAGACGCUACUUGGUGUUGCAGAGAAGGGUUUUGCAGGUCCAGAGACAUUUCGUGAUCAAUAGACCCUCACAACCCUUUGAUAUGCUUCGAAUGCUUCUUCACUCCGUUUGGUUGAGAAGGCUAAACCUGAGGUUGCCUAUGUGA